GUGAUCGUAAACAACGACAACCACAAAGAAGCUUAAUCUUCCUCCACCAAAACCAUUCUUGUCUCCUUCGCCAAUUCUCCAGUCAAUCAAUCUGCUCUCCACGGGGCUUACAAAAGUACUUUAAUUUUAUUUGAACAAUGGCACCGACUCCAGUCUACAUUGUCUCCGCUGCCAGAACUCCUCUUGGAGGGUUCCAGGGCUCCCUAUCAUCACUCACCGCAACUCAAUUGGGCUCCCACGCUAUCAAGGCUGCCCUUGCCAAAGUUCCGGUCAUCAAGGCUGUCGAUGUCGAGGAGGUUUUCUUUGGAAAUGUUUUGUCGGCCAACUUGGGACAGAAUCCUGCGAGACAAUGUGCACUUGGAGCUGGAUUGGCUCAGUCCACCGUGUGCACUACCCUCAACAAGGUGUGUGCUUCUGGGAUGAAGGCCAUCAUUCUAGGGGCUCAGACUAUUAUUACUGGGAAUGCCGACAUUGUCGUUGCCGGCGGAACUGAGUCUAUGAGCAACACCCCAUACUAUAUCCCUACAGCUAGAAGCGGAGCCCGCUAUGGCAACCAGCAAAUGGUUGACGGCGUUGUCCGUGACGGUUUGUCAGACGCCUACGAUAGCCAGGCAAUGGGUUUUGCGGCGGAGGAAUGUGCGCAAGAUUAUACUUUCUCGAGAGAAGGUUCGGACGCCUAUGCUAUUAAGUCAUAUCAGAAGGCCCAGGAUGCAGUGGCCAACAAGCGCUUUGCCGAAGAAAUCGCACCAAUCGAGGUUUCCGGUGGCAGGGGAAAGCCUAAUACUCUCGUCGAGGUUGAUGACGAGCCUAAGAAUUUGAACAUCAGCAAACUCAAGACUGUCCGUCCAGUCUUUGUCCCAGGCACCGGUACUGUCACCGCUGCAAACGCAUCCCCAAUCUCGGACGGUGCGUCAGCCCUGGUCCUCGUCUCGGAGGCCAAGCUCGCGGAGCUCAACCUUGCCCCACUGGCCAAAAUCAUCGGCUGGGGUGAAGCGGCAAAGGCCCCAUCCAAGUUCACCACAGCGCCCUCUCUUGCGAUCCCUAAGGCCCUCAAACACGCCGGUCUGUCGCAGGAGCAAGUUGACUUCUUUGAGAUCAACGAGGCCUUCUCUGUUGUCGCGUUGGCUAAUGUUAAAAUCCUUGGCCUCGAUGAGGCUAAGGUUAACGUCAACGGUGGAGCUGUGGCGCUCGGUCACCCACUCGGAUGUUCUGGUGCGAGAAUCGUCACGACCCUUAUUAACGUUCUCAAGCAACGCGAGGGGAAGAUUGGGGCCGCGGGUAUUUGCAAUGGUGGUGGUGGCGCCUCUUCUAUCAUUGUUGAGGUUGUAUGAAUGAAUGGGGGUGGUUUUAUUUUUGUUGCAGUCAUGCUGUGAUAUUUUACUUGUAUGUGGUAGUACCUAGUUGGUGAUGGCAACGUUUAAUUAUGACUGUCGAUAAGUUACCAUCUUA